AUGAGCAGGCAGGCGCACCGGAUCUUCCGCAGCGGCAGCGCCAUUCACCCUCCCGGCAAGAUGCGGGGCGACUUGGCAAAUGCAAUACUUGAAGAGGGAGAAUUCCGAGCCCGGAGUCGCCGCGCAGCAGCUCACGGGAAGCAGCUGGGGCCCAGCCGGCUGCACUACGUGGGUUUCGCCGUGGCCAGCGUGCUGCUGUACACGAUCAUCUGCAGGGCGCUGGCGGCUUCUUCCGAGGGCCUGCGGCUGCAGCACGAGUUCGGGGAGGACCUGUGGCUGCCCUACAGCAGCGCGUCUGCGCUGGGGCGGCAGCAGCAGCAGCAGCAGCAGCAGCAGCAGCAGGAGCCGGAGCCGCCGGAGCCGGGUGGCGGGGAGGAGGGCGUUUCUUCUUGGGAGGACGGCGCGGCCUCCGCCUCUGGGGAGGCCGCCGCCGCAGCAGCAGCAGCAGCAGCAGCAGCAGCAGGGGAGCAGAGCUCGACAGCAGACCCUCCGUGGGACUACGACUCGUGGGGUCUGCCGUCUCUGGAGCACUUCGAAAGGACUUUAUCUCCGGAGCUGCAGCAGCAGAAAGCAGCCAUAGCGAACUUCGCCGCGCGCUUUGCGCAGCAGCCGCGGCCCCCCACGCGCCGCGAACUCGCCUGCGCCAGCAGCGUGGCCAAAGCCCUCUCCAAAGGCGCCUCCAACACACUCGUGGGAAUGCUGCUGCCGCUGCAGCACGUGAGCGCCAUAGGCCGUCUGGCGGGGCGGCAGCAGCCGCCGCGGCUGGUGCGGGUGGUGCGGAUUUUGGGGGAGGGUUUCUCGACUUUGGCUGUGGAGGUGGAGGACGUGGAGGCUGGGGGGGCGUUGGUGAUGCGAAUUCGGAAAUACCACAAAGAGGCUGUCAAGAACUUUGAAAACUCCGAAGUUUUGUUCCUCGAAGUCAAGAGCGAGAUCGUCGCGGAGGAAGACGCCGUGCGGCAGGCCUGCGGGGCCGUGCCCGCGGACUUAGUGGCUGCGAAGAAGGGCUUCGCCGUGCCGCUCUUCACCGCGGAAAUUGCAAGUUCGCCGGAAUUCUCUGUCACCGAAGACCACUACGUGUUUGGGCACGUGGAGCUGAUGGAGAAGAUGUGGGGCUCUUUGGCGGACCUGCAGAAGCAAGCUGCUGCUGCGCUGCAGCAGAGCCGCGACUACGUGGCGCAGCGGCUGCUGCAGCUGGUGCUGAAGGUGCAGCAGGCCGGCCUCAGCCACAACGACUUGAAGUGGGCCAACGUUUUGCUGCAGCCCGACGGGGCUUUUUGCCUCAGCGACUUCGGCUCCAGCGUGGCCUUUGGCCGCGCCUUCGGGAGCCUCACGGCCACCACGCCGCAGUACCAGGAGCCGCAGCAGACUCUGCGGCCUGCAGCAGCUUUCGAAGAUCCUUACACAGUGGCGCAUGCAAACAGCGACUUGUGGUCUCUGGGGGUGCUGCUGUUCGAGCUCUUCACCGGCAGCGGGGCCCCCUACGGGGAGGGCCCCUCCAAGAGCCCGCGGGCGGAGGCCAGGGCCCUCGCUGAGAAGCUCUUGAAGCAAAAAGUCCGCUCCGAAGUCCUUUGGCCCAAACUCGCUGCUGCCAAAGUCCCCCACCGCUGGGCCCAACUCAUUGCCCGCCUCCUCGAGCCCAACAAGGCCCACAGAAUCACCGCCUGGCAAAUCCUCGAGGAAUUCCCAGACCUCACGCACCACGUCCCCGAGUAG